AUGACUUAUUCAGCCCCAGACAUCUUAGCAUUGCUCACUGGGACUGGGCCAGACCAGCAGAGAUUGCCCCCCAGUAUCCAGGUGGGUCCGCGGGUGAUGAAGUUUCAGGUGGUGGACGGGGCACAGCCCUCUCUGAAGGAUGGCGCCGCCCUGGGGGUGGACGGGGCACAGUACAGGAUCUACACCAAUGGCUCUCUGACCUUAGGUCAGGUGGGGCUGAGUGACGAGGGAAACUACACCUGUGUGGUCACUAACAUCGCUGGACGUGACCAGGCCAAUGUUCAGCUGCAGGUGAAAGGCACUCCUACCCCCAUUAUAAAGUGGUUGCGUAACGGUCAGGAGCUGACGGGGAAUGAGCCCGGUCUGACCAUCAUGGAGGAUGGAGCCCUCCUCAUCCUGGCAUCGGUGUCUCAGCUGGACAACGGAGAGUAUGUCUGCACUGCCGCCAACAAGGUUGCCACCACCAAGAAGCAGUACCAACUCAAAGUCAACGUUCCCCCAGAUCUCCACGACAAUGAGUCACCGGGCAACGUGUCUGUGGUGCUGAACCAGACCACCAACCUUGUGUGUGAUGUCACAGGAAGUCCUGCCCCCAUCAUCACCUGGUACAAGGAUUGUUUUCCUGUAGGUGAACCAGGGAGAAAGAGGCAAAGCGAGAGGUUUUACUCUGCCCAAAAUCUGUCCACGAAAAAUAAGCCCAUGAAUUGAGGAUUUUUUUAAUGGAGGUCAAUUACAGUGCCAAAUUUGUCAACCAAAAAUAUUAUUGCUCAUUUUCUACAUGAGGCUUAUUUGAUUGAAUAUACGUUUUGUAGUGGUUAGGUUGUUACAAAUGCACUGAUAUAAAAUUGACUUUAUAUCGGAGUUGUGUUGUCAUAGAGAUAGAUCAUGGAUAUAACCCGUUUUAACGAGGACAUUACCAUUGAGAGCUUCCACAUUUUACUGGGUUGGAAUUCCUAUGAGUUGGGAGCAAUCAGCCAAUGAAGAACGUCUGCCCAUGCUGUCACAGACGCUAUAAUGGCACAGAU